GCGGAGUCGGCAGCAGAAAACAAUGAGGAUUACAUGACAAUGGACGCUGACCAGUGGUCAGAAGAGGACAAUACUUAUGAAGCUGCAGACACACUCGGUAUAGAUUACAGCGCAACGAGGAGCUCAAGAGAACAGCAACCAAGCCCUGUGUUCAGAGGUAGGAACAGAGAGGAGCUGAAAAAUCAGAGAGCUGCGACAAACGCAACACUGCCAAACAUCGGAAACCAAAGCGCAGCCACCAACCGCCCCCCUCCUCUCAGGUACAUGACUAUCAGAUGGCCGGGGUUCAAUGCCAACAAAGGAAAAAACCAACCUCCUGAGUUUGUUUUUUUCAGGAAUGCUACAGUUUGUCUGGCAGUUCUGUGUAUUCUGUUAAUCAUCGUACUCAUCUGUGUGAGCAUCGCUUGUGCCACUUUAGCUGGGAAUCAGAUGAAGUUGACUGAAGAAAGCAACAACCUACGCGAAGAAAACAAUAUCUUGACGAAUCAACUAGAUAAUUUAAGAAACGUUUCCAUAGCAGCAUAUCAUGUUUCCAGUGAUGCCUACCCUGCCUGCCUCGCUGGAAAAACAUUCUUUGUACUUAAUUAUGAAGUACUUGAUGAUAUCAUGACAGAGUGCUACUUCUAUCUGCACAAAGUCAGCAUGGAUGAUGGAGGCUGCAAUAGCACAUUUUCUUGGAGGUGUGCACGUACCUUUCCCUGAGACCGCAACAAAUAAACAAAGCGACUGCUUGUACAGAUCAUGGCAUUUCUAGAGUCUGAUUUCGAACUUAUAUUGCAAUAAUCUUUGGACAGUUGUUAUAUUUGCUACAUAACAUACAUCAUGCGUUUCCUUCUCAACAAAUAUGACUAGAAACAUUUCGACUCCACACAUGACAGUUCGAACAAAUCGACUAGCAAUGCUUAUUAAAUGUAAUUAUUACAAGAUACCCAAGUCCUGUGGCUUCAACACAAUCCCACCAUCCCCUCUGUCACCUGAGGCCCGUGGAUUCUUGUAGCUCUUGGAUUUUUAGUUUCUCUUAGCAUUUCUGUGACCUUUAGGUUAAUUUGUUGGGAUGUCCACGCCUUGCAAAACCUUCAACUGUCUUGAUUUUUUUCCAAUUGUGAAAAUUUUUCUCACUGUAGAAUUACAGACUAGUUUGGAAAUGUCCAAACGAUUGAUAUUUGAGAGCAUUACUGUUGACUUGCUUCUUCGGCAUCUCAAACUAAACAUCUGAAUGUGUCGCAUCAUCAAACUGUUAAAAUCUUCAGCAAAACUGUGUUAGUUAUCAAAACAAGACAAACAAUCUGAACUAUCUGAAUGCAUUUUGUGAUAUUAGAGUUUUAAAACCUGUAAUAGUUGGGGAAAAAAAAGGCAUCAUGCAUGUGACCCAGAAAAAGGCCACAUAUGUAAAAUGACGGCUCUAUUAAAAGUAUUUAAAAAAA